AAAUUAAUUUGAUUUUCUGUUUGUGGGCGUGAAUAUCUAGAGAAUCAUCAUUUAAUGAUUGUUUUCUGGGAAGAAUGAGUGAAAAAAAAGUUUGUGUGCUUUUAAAGAACGCCUAAGCAAUUGUUAUAUGAGUUCUGCUUUCACCUUAAUGACUUUGUCUUGGGUUCAGUUAUAUAAGUCGGAAGUGCUUAUAGCGAGCCAUUACAAGACCGACACCCGUUCGCAGUCGCACUUCCCGUUAGCAGAGAUUGGAGUGAGACUAUAACGAAGACUUACUCUACAUUGUUGUUGUUGUAGUAGUUCGCAAACUUCGCUUAGAAGCAGGCGAAAUUAACUUAAGUCAUCGAGGUCAUCUAUCGGAAGGUUCACGAAACGGGCUGUUUGGACGGGGUUGGACCUGGUGGAAAGAGGGCUUAAAUGCAAACCGGUUUUAAGUGGAUGUCUCACUUUUACGAAGCACCAGAUCUUUGCCGCAACUUCGAAAGAUGUUCGAAAAACUUACUUACUUACAUAUUGCAGAUGAGCUAACGAACGCACACCGAGAAAUGUGUUGAGUAAGUAGAAACUCAAUUAUUUUUGGGGGCCGGAACUGUACAAACGAUAAGUGUGAAAUUUGCUCGUAGAGCUUUGAAAUUCGGCUAUGAACUUUCUGAGCGGAAGCUCGUAGUAAAUUAUCUCUUGGUUAAGAUUGUAAACAUUAUAACAACCCAGACAAUGAAGAGACAAACAAAGUUUGCCUUAUCAGAAAUAGAAAAGAAUUUUUGGUUUCAGCAACACCAAGUAUCUCGAACGAAGAGCUUUCCGAUUACAUGCAUAUAUGCAUAUGUGCGCCCACUUAAAGCUACUGACUUGCUGUUCCUGUUAUCAGCCUCACGCGCACGAGCUCAUACCUUGAUAAUGAAAUCAAGUAUGUAGUACUUAGUUAGAAGAAUCAAGCUUCUUCAGAGCAUCGUUUUGUCUCAAAUAUAUGCACCAUUUGCAAAAGCCAAAUAGUCAGUUUUUCGCCGACACUUGAGCGCAAUGGUUGAGAAAGUAAUUUUGGCUUAUUCAGGCGGUCUCGACACCAGCUGUAUCCUCAAAUGGCUGCUGGACAAGGGUUAUGAGGUUAUUUGUUUGAUGGCUGACGUCGGACAAAAAGAAGACUUUGCUGCAGCACGUCAGAAGGCCUUGAACAUUGGCGCUUCCGAGGUAAUCGUGACAGAUGUGAAAGAAAAGUUCGUGGAACACUACAUUUGGCCAGCCAUUCAAAUGGGUUUGAUCUAUGAGGAACGUUAUCUGUUGGGCACCUCUUUGGCUCGUCCUUGCAUCUCCGUUGCGCUGGUAGAAGCGGCUAAGAAAUAUGAUGCUAAAUAUUUGGCACACGGCGCCACUGGCAAAGGAAACGAUCAAGUGCGUUUCGAGUUGAACGCGUACGCGCUGCUCCCCCACAUUAAGAUUAUUGCACCAUGGCGAGAUGAGGAGUUCUGCAAACGCUUCCAAGGUCGCUUAGAUCUUAUCGAAUAUGCAAAGAAGCACGGCAUUCCCGUGAGCGCCAAGCCAGCUGCUCCCUGGAGUACAGACGCCAAUAUCCUGCAUAUCAGUUAUGAGUCAGGUGUUUUGGAAGAUCCCUUCCAUGUUGCUCCCGAGUCGCUCUAUGAAAUGACUGUGGAUCCUAUCACCAAAGCACCAAAAAUACCUAAACGCCUUUCCGUACAUUUCUCAAGCGGUCUCCCCGCCGCUGUAGUCGAUCAAUCAACAGGCAAACAGUACACAAAACCUUUUGAAAUUCUACAGUUCUUAAACGAAGUAGGUGGUUCUUACGGAAUCGGACGCAUUGAUAUUGUGGAGAAUCGUUUUGUGGGUCUAAAGUCGCGAGGUGUGUAUGAAACCCCCGGCGGUAAUAUAUUGUUCACCGCACACCAGGAUUUGGAAGUAUUUUGCUUGGACCGUGAAGUAUUACGCACCAAGCAAGUUUUGCGUAAUCGCAUGGCCGAUUAUGUAUACAAUGGUUUCUGGUUCAGUCCGGAGGCUCAAUAUGCCCGCCGUUGCAUAGAGAUCUCUCAGGAGCAUGUAAGCGGUGAGGUAGUCGUCGAAUUGGCGCCGGGAUACGCACGUGCUAUAGCACGUAAAUCGGCUAAUAAGUCGGGUGGUUUGUACAACGAAGAGCUGGUCUCUAUGGAUGUACAUGGAGGAUAUGUGGCAAACGAUGCCAGCGGUUUCAUUGCUAUCAACUCGGUACGCAUUCGUGAGCAUGUACGUGCUUUUGGUGAUUACGAACAGCACUAAAAUGGAAGUUGGAAAUGGCUUAGGAAAUUAUAAUUGUAGAACUAUUUUUGUAAAUAAAACUGAGUUUUGGAUGUUAUUGUAAUUUCUCCGCUAUAAA